UUCGUUGCAUUAAAAAAGUUGCUCUUCUCCCUUCCUAUUUAAACUAGGGUGCGUCCAAACCGCCACCCAGGCCUCCUCUCUCUCUCUCUCUCUCUCUCUCUUCCCCUCUCUCUCUGGUGGAACAAGUAGGUGAACCAGCGGAAGAAAAAAGUACCCAGAAAAAGAAAACCAGAUCAUAGAAGGAAGCUCGGAAGCGGAGGCUGUGGCCUGCAUGGUCAAGACUGUUGCAUCCAUCUCCCACAUUAAGCAGGCUUUAGAAGAACGCUCCUUUUGUUUCGUUAUUGGCAAAGUGAUAUAUGAUCAGGUCACCAAAUCAAGGCCCUUAGACUAAGACCACCAAAGAAGAUGAAGCGAUCAAACUCAAGCACUUCACCAACCUCCAUUAAUGGAGGUGAUCAGAACCAUCCUCAGCAGGCUGCAGGGCACACCACCAGAAUCAAGCGUGCGAAAAGGACUCAUGAUGCCACUAGUCCUGAAGAAGGCAGAGGUCCUUCAUGCAAUAGCACAGGAAGAAGGAGUUCUAUCUAUAGAGGAGUAACAAGGCAUAGAUGGACAGGAAGGUAUGAAGCUCAUCUGUGGGACAAGAAUGCUUGGAAUCUUAAGCAGAACAAGAAGGGGAAACAAGUUUACCUGGGAGCAUUCGAUGAUGAACAGGCUGCUGCUCGAACAUACGACUUGGCCGCGCUUAAAUACUGGGGAGUCGGCACCACCUUGAAUUUUCCUCUAAAUGAAUACGCAGAGGAGUCAAAGGAGAUGCAGAGCAUGACGAAGGAAGAGUACUUGGCCUCCCUGAGGAGGAGGAGCAGUGGCUUCUCCAGGGGGGUCUCAAGAUACCGCGGCGUAGCCAGGCAUCAUCACAAUGGACGCUGGGAAGCAAGAAUUGGGCGUGUUUCCAGCCACAAAUAUAUUUAUUUGGGCACCUUUAGUACUGAAGAAGAAGCUGCCGCUGCUUACGAUGUUGCUGCUAUCAAAUACAGAGGACCAAAUGCGGUAACCAACUUCGAUAUAAGUAAUUACAGAGGACAUUUGCCUUCAGAAUUUGGUGCUACCCAUGAAUUUUCCCCACCAUUGCCCGUUCAACAGGAGGCCACUACGUCCAAAUGUUCCCACCGAGAAUGCCCUUCCAGCAGUACUGUGAACUCUGCCCUUGAUGAUGCUCAGUUUGAGAUAAUGGAGAAAAUGAAUGAGAGAACGGAAGUUUUAGAAAUUCAUCAUCUGUUUAGUGACACCGAUAUUCCAGAGAACCUGGACUUCUUAUUCGAGAAAACGGAUAUCAGGGACAGAACUGGAGAUAAAGACAGUGGUGUAAAUUUCGAGGACAUUUUCCAGAGCCCGAGUGGUGCGUGUGACAGUGAGUUCCUCCUUGGUACUGAUAAGGAUGUGGAGUAUGCAUUGGUGGAUCCCAUGGCUGCUCCUAGUUCUGUCCUCAUUCCUUGUCCCAUCAGCAUCUGCUCUUAGAAUUGGACUGCAACCGGUAGCAAUUUUCAUUUAUGUUCUUUUUGUACUUGACAAAUUUCGUCAAAUCUCGUUGCGUUGAACUUGAUAUCAUAAAUGGGGAUUGGUUGUUGGUCGUCAGUUUUAUUGUGUU